AAUACGACACCGUUUUCAGCUUUUGCCGCCCCAUAAUCCCCUACAGUCCAGCACACAGUCCACAGCCUCAGACCCCUUCAAUGGCUACACUCUCAGCUCCUCACCUUCUCCUUCUCUCAUCCCCAACUUCAAAAUCAACGCAUACCCAUUUCACCUCCCACUCCCUAAACCCUAACCCUAACCCUAACCCCAGAAUCUUCUCCUUCAACUCCUCCGUCCCAAAGCUCACUCCUUUACCCGCGGUUCUGCGCUCUUCCCCAAUCACCGCCGAUCCCGACUCCGGCGACGAUGACGUCACUCUCCGUCGAAUCUGCGAGCCGCAUGUUCCGGACCAUAUACUCUGCAGAAUGGAGGAGUUGGGUUACGUGGCGCCGACUCUGUUUUCCGGCCGAGACUGCAUUCUCCACGCGCAGACAGGUUCUGGGAAGACGCUGACGUAUCUGUUGUUGAUAUUUGCGGUGGUGGAGACUCGGAGGUCGGCUGUGCAGGCCCUCAUUGUAGUGCCCACUAGGGAACUUGGGAUGCAAGUUACAAGAGUUUCUAGGAUGUUGGCGGCGAAGCCUAAGGAUGGUGAAGUGGAGCAGAAAGGAUGUAGUGUUAUGGCGCUUUUGGAUGGAGGAAUGUUGACGAGGCACAAGAGUUGGUUGAAGGCAGAGCCCCCUACAAUUGUGGUGGCUACUAUAGGGAGUUUGUGCCAUAUGCUUGAGGAGCAUAUCAUUAAGCUUGAGUCGAUGCGAGUGCUGGUGAUUGAUGAGGUUGAUUUCAUGUUUGGUUCAAAACAAGUCAGUUCUCUUCGGAAGCUUUUGACAUCAUACUCGCCAAUCAAUAGCCGUCACACUGUUUUUGCCAGUGCUUCCAUUCCUAAGCAUAGGAGAUUUUUACAUGAUUGUAUACAGCAGAAAUGGACCAAGAGUGAUGCGAUUCAUAUCCACGUCAAUCCGGUUCAGCCCAUGCCAUCAUGUUUACACCAUAGAUUUGUGGUAAGUGGUAAAACAGAAGGCAUGAAACCUUGCUAUCCUUAUUACAGUCGGAUGAAAUGCAGUCUGGCAUUAUUUUUGUCGUCCGAGAAGUUGAAGAAGGCUGGAAAUCCCCCGUCAACAGAUAUUCUCCUAUUGGAAGAAGACAUGAAUUUCAACUCACGUGCAGCUUCUCUAUCAGAACUGAGACAAGGAAGCAGCUAUCUCUUAGUGUCAACAGAUAUAUAGCUGCUAGAGGGGUUGACCUACCGGACACCACUCACAUAUACAACUUUGAUCUACCAAGAACUGCUGUUGAUUAUCUUCAUCGUGCUGGGAGAACAGGUAGAAAACCAUUUUCAGACAAGAUAUGCACUGUAACCAACAUUUUAAUGU